AUGGACCACGAUGUUUCCACAAUCCAUUCAUCUUCUCCAGUUUAAUGCAGAAUUAUUGCACACAGAGUCUCUGAAGGUUUAUGAAGGACAUACAUAUGAUAUGAGCAUACGUCUCACCCUCACUGUGUUGGAGUAGCCUACUUCGUAUUAUAGGCUCAAGUUACAGCUGACUUCCUUCUCCCUGCUGCCUUUAGUCCAUAUGUAUUGCAUCCUAUUGAUCCAGUUCAUAAAGGCUGGAUCAAAGUCAAUAUGUUGAGAACACACUUAACAGAUUUAUGCCCCCUUAAUUGUCAAAGGAUUUCCUCUGCAUUUAAAGCACAUACUGCAUAGUCCAGAUAAGGCCAUUAUAUUUAAUCAAUGUUUUUAUCCUUAUUAGGCUACUUAAAGUUAUUGGUAUAUAAUCUUCAUCCCUUUUCUUUAUUUCAUCAUUUUCUUUUCUUCAUCAUAUCAUAAUUUGUUUUAAUCAGUGUCUCCAGACAGUCAUUUGUCCUAAUUAUUAUCAAAUAUACAAGUCCGUUGAAAGACAGACGUUUCCAUGAAUACUAACACCACAUUCAGCCUCUUUGUCUGUUUAGAAAUCAUCUCAAGACGGGACCCCCGGCGUCUCCAGGGUAACGGGACUCCAGCUCAGGCAUCCGGUGCGUUAGUCUGCUGGUCUGGAUGCCAUUAAGCAGACGGUGCAGGAAGCCGCGUGCAGUUUUACCCCCCCCCCGACAUCAUUUUAAACUGUGAGACGCGAUACGUCGCUGUGUCCUCGGGGAGCCGUCGGGAUCAAUCUGGUGGUCAUACGGUGGCCGCCGCGCGCCGCCACCGCCGCCGCGCGCCGCUCACCCAGAGACCACAGCGCGGAAGCCAGAGCGACGUCACGCGGUGGGGAGAGGCGCGUCCGUGCGCCUUCACGCGCCUUCACGCACGCGGUGUGGCAUGUUUCCCGAGGGGGAGAGUUUGAACCCACUCCACAGAGAGCGCAUGUAGACUGUCGCGCGCGCUGUCCGGGACCGAGCAGACGAUGAAGAGGAGCUCGCAGAGCCGCGCUCCGGUUCCUUCUCCGGGAAGAUGAGAGCCUUUGUGUUGAACCUGAUGAGUUCGGGAGGAUUUCUCAAUGGGACUUUAACAGUUUACACUGAAGAAAUGUCCACAACUGCAAGUCCAACCAUCCCCUCCUCACAGCUGACAUCGGAUCAGCUCACAGUGGUCGUUGCGUCCUGUUCUUCUCUGGUGUUCUUUGUGAUUAUUGUGGUGCUGCUGUCCAUUAUUUAUCGGAAGGAUCUUCAGUGCUGCAAACUCCGCUCCUCCUACCAGGGCCCGCAUGCAGAUAUGGACGCUCCUCCUCAGUACUACAGCAGCAGGCAGACCCUGGUGGGAUCUCCCUGUCUGGCGCCGACUCAGAUCCUGGACGACGACAACACUCAGCAGGCGGGUCAGCUGUUCUACGUGGGCCUGCCCUCCAGCUACAGCCUGCCCACACUGGAGGCCCCCCUGCCGAGGCUCCCCUCCUACGAGAGCGUCCGAAAGAAGGACCGCCAGAGGCAGAUCCACAUGAUGAUCGCGGACCGCUUCGGCCUCAAUGGACCCAUUGUGACUGAGCCUCCUCCGACAUAUGAAGAGAGCGUCCGCCACUCUGUGGAGCUGCCGUACAGAAUCCUCUCAUCCAGUCUGGACGCCUCCCCUCCUCGGAGUCUCUACACCACCUGGAGGCCCGACAUGCCUCCUCCUAUCACCUGCUGUGACUCCAUCAGCAAUGUUCUACAUGUGUGACUGAUUACUGAGCCAGCUUCCCAAUUGUGAAUGUGAAAGACAUGUGAAAGCUUUAGAGGAAGUUACCAAAAAAAAAUAAAAUACACAAGGCUCGUUCAAGACUGGAUCCUGACUUGAUCCGUCACACGAGCUGAUUCACAUACCUCAAGACUUCAAGACUUUAAGAGUUGAUGUUGAGAGACAGAUGACGAAGGAGCAACCAAAGAGGAGCUCCGGGGAAAGGAGGACCGCUUUGACUCGGCACAUUUGAAUGUUGAAAACACUUUUACACUGCACUCCACCAUGCUGAUGAAUCACUGGAUAUUAAAAAUGAGGUGGCUGGAACACCUUGAAGAAGAAAGUCGUGGACUGCAACAUACCAAAAAGAGAACCACUAUUUACUUUGUAUAUACUGUCAGUGAAUCCCUUCUUCUCUUGUAUUGUGCAGUUCCUGAGCCAGAGACCUCAUCGUCAGGUGUGUAAUGGUGUCGGACACCGAUUUGUUUCUGCACCAUGCCGAGGCCGAGCCAUACUAUCACUAGGCACCUGGUGCAGCCUGGGAGAGGGAAGAAAAGGUGCUGAUGAGAGUUCCUUCAUGAAGUUAUACCCUUUUUGUUAUCAUGCUUAGUUGUUCUUUUAAGGCAGAUGGGACUCUUGCUGAUUCCUCUCUUAUAGCUGCAGACAUAUUGAUCUGUUCUGCUCUCCACACGGCUUCGAGGAGCAGAGGGAAGAGGAGCGCUUGUGAAAUGAAAACAAGAACAAGCUGAAGACA